GGGACUUGGCCUCUUUUUCUGGGCUCAGCGGGGCAGCCGCUCGGACCCCGGCGCGCUGACCUUCGGGGCUGCCGAUUCGCUGGGGGCUUGGAGAGCCUCCUGCGCCCCUCCUCGAGCGGGCCGAGAGUCUACCUGGGUCCCCAGGCCGCGGCGUCUCCGCUGGGUCCGCGGCCGCCCGCCUGCCCGCGCUGCCGCCGCCGGGUCCUGGAGGCCAGCUGGGAGCGGGGCCGGCGCUGCGCUCGCCCGGGGCGAGCCCUCCAGGAUGCCGAUCCGCCCGGUCCGCUGAAAGCGCGCGCCCCUGCUCGGCCCGAGCGCCGCCGCCCGCGCCCCCUCGCCCCGGAGGCUGCCAGGAGCCCGGGGCCGCCCCUCCCGCUCCCCUCCUCUCCCCCUCUGUCUCUCUCGCACUCUCUCGCUCUCGGGGCCCCCUCGCUUCCCCGGCCGCAGUCCGUGCGCGCGGGCGCCGGCGAGCCGUCUCGGAAGCAGCAUGCAGGCGCGCUACUCCGUGUCCGACCCCAACGCCCUGGGAGUGGUGCCCUACCUGAGCGAGCAGAAUUACUACCGGGCUGCAGGCAGCUACGGCGGCAUGGCCAGCCCCAUGGGCGUCUAUUCCGGCCACCCGGAGCAGUACAGCGCGGGGAUGGGCCGCUCCUACGCGCCCUACCACCACCACCAGCCCGCGGCGCCUAAGGACCUGGUGAAGCCGCCCUACAGCUACAUCGCGCUCAUCACCAUGGCCAUCCAGAACGCGCCCGAGAAGAAGAUCACCCUGAACGGCAUCUACCAGUUCAUCAUGGACCGCUUCCCCUUCUACCGGGAGAACAAGCAGGGCUGGCAGAACAGCAUCCGCCACAACCUCUCGCUCAACGAGUGCUUCGUCAAGGUGCCCCGCGACGACAAGAAGCCCGGCAAGGGCAGUUACUGGACCCUGGACCCGGACUCCUACAACAUGUUCGAGAACGGCAGCUUCCUGCGGCGCCGGCGGCGCUUCAAAAAGAAGGACGUGUCCAAGGAGAAGGAGGAGCGGGCCCACCUCAAGGAGCCGCCCCCGGCGGCGUCCAAGGGCGCCCCGGCCGCCCCCCACCUAGCGGACGCCCCCAAGGAGGCCGAGAAGAAGGUGGUGAUCAAGAGCGAGGCGGCGUCCCCGGCGCUGCCGGUCAUCACCAAGGUGGAGACGCUGAGCCCCGAGAGCGCGCUGCAGGGCAGCCCGCGCAGCGCGGCCUCCACGCCCGCCGGCUCCCCCGACGGCUCGCUGCCCGAGCAUCACGCCGCGGCGCCCAACGGGCUGCCUGGCUUCAGCGUGGAGAACAUCAUGACCCUGCGAACGUCGCCGCCGGGCGGAGAGCUGAGCCCGGGGGCCGGACGCGCGGGCCUGGUGGUGCCGCCGCUGGCGCUGCCCUACGCCGCCGCGCCGCCCGCCGCCUACGGCCAGCCGUGCGCUCAGGGCCUGGAGGCCGGGGCCGCCGGGGGCUACCAGUGCAGCAUGCGAGCCAUGAGCCUGUACACCGGGGCCGAGCGGCCGGCGCACAUGUGCGUCCCGCCCGCCCUGGACGAGGCCCUCUCCGACCACCCGAGCGGCCCCACGUCGCCCCUGAGCGCUCUCAACCUCGCCGCCGGCCAGGAGGGCGCGCUCGCCGCCACGGGCCACCACCACCAGCACCACGGCCACCACCACCCGCAGGCGCCGCCGCCCCCGCCGGCUCCCCAGCCCCAGCCGACGCCGCAGCCCGGGGCAGCCGCGGCCCAGGCGGCCUCCUGGUAUCUCAACCACAGCGGGGACCUGAACCACCUCCCCGGCCACACGUUCGCGGCCCAGCAGCAAACUUUCCCCAACGUGCGAGAGAUGUUCAACUCCCACCGGCUGGGGAUUGAGAACUCGACCCUCGGGGAGUCCCAGGUGAGUGGCAAUGCCAGCUGUCAGCUGCCCUACAGAUCCACGCCGUCUCUCUAUCGCCACGCAGCCCCCUACUCCUACGACUGCACGAAAUACUGACCUGUUCCGGGACCUCCCCUCCCUGGCCCGCUCUGGCUUCGCUUCCCAGCCCCGACCCAACCAGACAGUUAAGGGGCUGCAGAGACGCAAAAAAGAAACAAAACAUGUCCACCAACCUUUUCUCAGACCCGGGAGCAGAGAGCGGGCACGCUAGCCCCCAGCCGUCUGUGAAGAGCGCAGAAACCACCCAGUUGGAGGGGGCUGCCUGAAGGACCGGACCAUGAGCUUGCUGUGAUGCAUUUUGUUAAAUGCAGAAAAACAUGCUAAUUGUCAAAACAAACAGUGCCACUCCAUCUCAGUGUCCAGCCAUCCCCAAUUUAGGAGGUGAAGGAAGGGAAGAAUAAACAUUUCCCGUUUGCUAACUGCAACCCAGGGGCUAAGUCAACAUAUAACAGCAAACUUAC